GGGAGCGGUCGUUACACCAACACCCUCAGAUUAAUAGAAGGAAAGCCUUCAGCUCCUUAGGAGUCUGGUAUGUUCGCUGUGGUUGGUUGGAAGGUCGGAAUGUUACACACAGUAUACAGUGACACAGCUGAGGAGGAGGGAUUGGAAAGUUACCAUUAAUAAAUAACUAUUAGGUGCAGAGUGUUCAGUAACUUCCUGACAGACCCGAGGAAUAAGAUGGCUCUGAAGGAAGAUUCCUACGUUGUGCUGAACGAUGGUCAUAAGAUGCCAGUGAUUGGAUUUGGCACGUACGCCCCACAGACGGUUGCCAAGAGCUUGGCGGAAGAGGGUGUAAAAGUGGCUCUAGAAGUUGGAUACCGUCACAUCGACUGCGCAUUUAUAUACGGCAAUGAAGUUGAAGUUGGGCGAGCCAUCAGGGAGAAGAUUGCAGAUGGGACAGUGAAGAGAGAAGACGUCUUCUACACUGGGAAGCUGUGGUCGAACUCUCAAACCCCGGACAGAGUCCGCCCGGCACUUGAAAAGUCUCUGAAGGACCUGCAGUUGGAUUAUAUGGACCUCUUUAUAAUCCACAGCCCUAUUGAAUUUAAGCCUGGAGAUGAGCCCUUCCCAUUGGAUGCAAAUGGAAAAUUAAUUUACCACAACACGGACAUCCGUGAUACUUGGAAGGCUCUGGAAGAGUGUAAGGACGCCGGGCUGGUUAAAUCCAUCGGAGUUUCCAAUUUCAACAAAAGCCAGCUGGAACUGAUCCUGAACAACCCUAAACUGAAAUACAAACCGGUCUGCAAUCAGGUAACUUUUUAUGGAAACAGGGAAAAGUUUCAGGACAAACCCAUCAUGAAGGAGCUGCUUAAUUGUAUUUUGGUUAAGCAAGAUACUCCUGUACUUCUGGAAGACCCCGUCCUAAAUGAAAUCGCCAAGAAGAACAAGCGCAGCCCGGCACAGGUAGCAAUGCGAUAUCUACUGCAGAGAGGGCUUGUCAUCAUUGCCAAGAGCUUCAGCCCAGACAGAAUCAAGCAGAACUUCCAGGUUUUCGAUUUCGAACUGAGUGGUGAAGACAUGAAAUGCCUGGAUGGACUUAACAGAGGUGUGCGAUAUCUGAAUCUUGACGAAUGGAAGGAACACCCCAAAUAUUCAUUCCAUGACGAAUAUUAAGUGGAGGGAAUUCCCAUCCUGGCUCCACUACACCUUGAUCUGAAAACUUGGAGUUACCCCAUAAAUCUAGCGUACAACAGAAUUACCCCCAACUUCUACAACACGUCCUCCUAUUAGACUGAAGAUCACCAGUCCCGGGUGCUAAGGUGGGGUAACAGGGGCCUGUGAUGGUUUAGGUUUCAGAAUAUUAACUAAAAAGUCCAAUUAUUGUUAGAAAUAUUAUGUUCUGUUUGGGCAGAGUGGGAUCUACUGCGAUGAAUAUAACACUUCCUCCCCAAUGCUAACGUUGCAAUCAAAUAUUUACACCCCAACUACGUCUUGUGCUUUAUGUGAAAUGCUGCCAAUCAGCUGUUAGAUGUCAUUACAAUGUUUUAGUAUGAUGUGUUUCAUGUAAUGCAAUAAAAGGGAACAUAACAGCGC